AUGCUAUACGACGUCCUCAUCAUCGGGGCAGGCCCCUGCGGCCUCGCCGUCGCCGCCCGUCUCAAAGAACACACCCCCUCGGCGAUAUUUACAGACGGGGAACAUCAACGAUACCACUGGAUAAACAAGCACAAGGGACGCAUGAAUCUGGUGAGCUCGCGCAAGAGGAAGCUCAGAGAGCUCGGAGUUAGGGUAUCGCCGUCAUCCUCGGUGUCGUCGACACGUGACGGGAAUACAUCAGAGGACUCGCUGUCAUCGUCGCCGUCUUCUGUUUCAGAACACGAGUCCGACAUUGAUGGUUCAAAAGAUGCAGAGGAGAAAAAAGGGCUAUCGAUGCUCGUCCUUGACUCGACGGGCAACCAGUGGAUGGAGAAGUGGAACCGGGCGUUCAAGACGCUCGAGAUCGAGCAGCUUCGAAGCCCCAUGUUCUUCCACGUCGACCCGGGUGAUCGUGAUGGGAUGCUGGCGUAUACAACCGAGCACAGACGAGAGAAGGAUCUCUGGGAAAUCUCAGGCUGUGUGGGGAAAGAGAUGAGCAAGCAUAAGAAGAAGAAGAUGCAAAAGACCAAGCAGCGGAAUAUGAAGGUGAUCGGUGGUACGGAGAUCGAUGAGAGGGACCGCAAGGACUAUUUCUCGCCAAGUACCGGGCUCUUUCGAAACUUUUGUGAGAGUGUGACUGAACGGUAUGGCUUGGAUGCUCCAGGUUUGAUCAGGGAAGGCGAGGUUGUCGAUGUGAAGUUUGAUUAUUUCGAUGAAAUUGAUCAGGCAGAGAAGGUGUUUAUGGUGAAGACGAAGAGUGGGGAUACGUUUUAUGCGAGGGCCGUAGUGUUAGCCAUUGGUCCCGGGGGGAGGAAGAUUAUGCCUUUCCCCUUGAGUGCAGAAGAGGCAGAAGGAGCUUGCCACAGUGGUGAGAUACGCGGGUUUCCGAGCCCUAGCGUCAAGAAAAAGAUUCAGCAACGGAAAGAGACAAACGUUGUCGUUGUUGGAGGGGGCUUGUCUUCGGCUCAAAUUGUGGACAUGGCAAUCCGGAAGGGGGUGACCAAGGUGUGGUUUCUGCUGCGAUCUGAUUUCAAGGGUGAGUUUACUUGCUCUCUGGCCCUGCUAGCGCUAACAAGACUAGUCAAACACUUUGAUAUCAACCUCAGCUGGAUGGGCAAGUUCAAGAACUAUGAAAAGGCAGUCUUCUGGUCUGCCGACACCGACGAAGAACGCAUGGAGAUGAUCAAGACUGCCCGCAAUGGAGGUAGCAUCACUCCUCGCUACCAGAAGAUUCUUCGCGAACACGCGGCUCACCGUCGAGUCUCUAUCCACACACGCACUGCCAUAGUCAGCAAGGAGUACUGCCCUGCUACAAAGACAUGGCGUCUUGUAACCGACCCACCCAUCCCCGGUCUUCCAGAGAUCGACUACAUGUACUUUGCGACAGGAAUGCACAUGGACGUGACCGAGUUACCGAUGCUGCAACAGAUGCGCCGAGAUUAUCCUCUUAAAACGAUACAGGGUUUACCGUGCCUCACAGACGACCUCAUGUGGCAAGCUGACGUACCUCUGUUCCUCACCGGCCGGCUGGCUGCGUUGCGUCUUGGGCCUGGAGCGCCAAAUCUCGAGGGUGCAAGGUUGGGCGCAGAGAGGAUUGCUUGGAGCAUGGAGGAAGUACUGGGCAACGCUGCAUUUGGCAAAGAGGAGACGGAUGAGCAAGAAGUGGACAUGUCAAGGGAGUGUUUUUGUGGACUGGGGAAUCGAUAUGCCGGAUUGGCUGAAGGGUCAUAG